AUGAUCAACUUCUCGCUUUCGAGAACUAGAACCUUUGUCUUGGUGAUUGUCUUUUCCUCUCUCUUUCUUGUUUACAUUCAAUAUGAAAACAGGGAGAAGCAACCGGAGGAACAUUCGUUAACAAACGUUUCCAACACAGACCAAACUAAGACAAGCAAGGAAAGUGAAGACAAUUUCGAGUAUGCCGACGACAUUACGCCGCAGUUUUUGGCUGAAAUGGAUCUGCAAACAUCAGAAUGCCCAAAUUACGUGGAUUACUCUAAAAAACCCCACCCACCAUAUUCUGCGGGCAAGUAUAAGUAUCCCUACAUGCGCCCAGCACCCAAGUGUCGGACGUUCACGUCUCUGUCGCUCGAAAAGCUCAUCAGUGACUUGAAGAGGAAACUAAAAGAUCCAGACCUUGCCCGUUUGACUGAAAACGCCUUGCCCAACACCUUAGACACCACCAUUUUAUGGCAUCUUGCUGGAGACGCCAAUUCUCCACCAGAAACAUUUGUGGUGACAGGGGACAUCCAUGCGGAAUGGUUGCGGGACAGUGCUCGCCAGCUUUCGGUUUUCCAGCCUUUGGUCAAGUACGACGAGCAACUCAAAAAUCUAAUUGUGGGGGCUAUCAGAACUCAAGAGAAGUAUGUGAUUAAGGCGCCAUACUGCAAUGCGUUUCAUCCUCCUCCAGCUUCGGGUGUUAAAAAAGGCGACUCAGCUGUGGAUGACGUUCGGCCAAAGCCAGACUGGAGGUAUGUGUUCGAAUGCAAGUACGAAAUCGACUCACUUGCAUCUUUCUUGACCUUGACGAACGACUUUAUCGAAAAUUACAAUGGCGACGUCAGCGUCAUUACUCCAUCAUGGAUCACGGCGUACGAAAGGGUUCUCACGGUCUUGAAACGGGAAUCGCAGCCACUGUUUGAUCCUAAAACUGGGAAGGUAUUACCUUCCAUGUAUGCGUUCAAAAGAAAGACAAAUAUCGGAACAGAAACUUUGCCGUUGGAUGGAGCAGGCAAUCCUGUCAACUUCAACACCGGCUUGGUCAGAUCCGCUUUCCGUCCAUCGGAUGACGCUACAAUUCUUCAAUUUUUCGUUCCUGGAAAUGCCCAUAUGUUAACAGAGUUGAAGAGGACUUUGCAGAAUAUACUCUUGAAGUUGCCUGACACUUUUGAGGUGGAGAACCAUAUCCGCUACACUGAAAUGUUUAUCAAGAAUAUCGAAAAUGGCUUGAAAGAACACGCAAUUGUAAACCAUCCGAAGUGGGGCAAAGUAUAUGCCUACGAAGUAGAUGGGUAUGGUGGAAAUGUGUUUAUGGAUGAUGCCAAUAUCCCUUCUUUACUUUCGUUGCCAGAUAUCGGCUUUUUGGAUAUAAAGGACGAGGUGUACCAAAACACAAGAAAAAUGAUCUUGUCCAAGCUGGGCAAUCCAUACUUUUUACAUGGGGACUUUUUCGAAGGUAUCGGCGGGCCUCAUAUUGGAACCUCUAAUGCCUGGCCAAUGUCUUUGCUUAUGAGAAUCAGAACGACCGACGACGAUAAGGAAAUCCUCGACAAUUUAGAAAAAGUCAUGAACUCCACUGCCGCUCUCGGAUUGCUACACGAAAGUGUUAAUGUUGGCAAACCAGGCGGCAAGGACUACACCCGCCCUUGGUUUGCUUGGUGUAAUUCUGAGUUUGGGAAAACCAUUCUCCAUCUUGCCAAGCACAAACCUCAUUUGAUCUUUCAAGACGAAUAUGCCACACCUUACAGCAUCCAACUGCUCUUCUCUUGA